AUGAACGUGGUGAUACACAAGUUCCGCGACUAUGAGUUCUCUCCGAUGAGCAACCGAGUUGCAGGCGGUGGCGCUCCGCAGAUGUUUCUGAGUCGUAUUGCUUCUGCGGCUUCUCGGGUCCCUUGGAUCGUUGAGGCUUCCACCAUCGCACGCUCAGGUAUUCCGCAAGCAGUUGUUCUCGCAAUAUCUUGUCUGUUCAUAGCCUUGCACUUGAUUCGACGACGUUCCAACAAUGGCCUUCCAAGACCUACCAUUAAAUCUAAAGCGUCGGGGCUUCAAUGGGGUUACGAAUUGUUGUCGCAGGUGUCAAGGACUGCCGCUCUCGCUUUCCUCGCCGUCGCCUUCUUCAAAGGCCACGCUCACGUGCUCAACGCUAUUCUUGUCGCCUACAUCUUCAUUCUUGGCUUGACUCGACUGGCCAAGGACAUCCUAUGGCGUCAAGCAGCUCUGCAUCAAAUCAAUUUCGUCAUUAUUGCUCAGCUGAUCAUUCUCAUCACCGCUCAGCUUCUUCCUUGCAUCGAAAUCGACUUCCAAUGCACCAAAGACGCCAGCAUUCUGGGAGCCACGGCCGCCCUCGCCGUCGGCCUUGUUGUUGCCAUGUGCACACCUCGUCAAUGGGUUCAGCCUCAACUCGGCUACGAGAUUCCUGGUUUCCAAGUCCCCGAGGAACCCGCUCCUGAGGAAGAAACUAGUUGGGUCAAUUAUUAUUGUACCUACCAAUGGCUGACUCCGACUAUCUGGAAAGGCACCUGGGGGAAGCUUGACAUGUCUGGAAUUCCGAAAUUGGCGUGGUACGACGAUCCUCUCUAUCUCCUUCGCCAGGUCCAGCUUGCUAGAGCUGCUUCCAAGUCGACUCUCUGGACUACUUUACGCUUCCAGAGAAACGAAUUGCUCCUCAUGGCCUUUUGGAUCGGUCUUGCAUAUAUUGUCGAGAACGUCGCUCCUUUCGGUAUGUUUAAGCUGCUUGCCUAUCUCGAUGACCCCAAUUCCGCCAUUUACAGGCCAUGGGUGUGGUUGCUUCUUACCUUCUUUGGUCCGAUGACCCGAUCCAUCCUAUUUCAGGGAUAUGUAUUUACUUCCACGCGACUGAUCGUCCGAAUCAAGUCGGCCAUGACCCAGGAGCUGUACCACAGGGCUUUGGAAUCUAUGGAACUCGAAGACGACCCAUUUGCUGGCAAAUUCGACGACGCAAAGGACCAGAAGGAAAAGGAAAACAGCACAAAGUCGACCUCAGCUGGUCGAUUGGCAAACCUCAUGGCUGCUGAUGUAGAGGCCAUCUUUAGAGCCCGAGAUAUGAUCAUUGUCUUGGUUGGUGUUCCUGCCGGAACUAUUGUAUCCUUCAUCGGCUUGUAUAGAAUGCUUGGCUGGGUUUCCAUUGUGGGAGUUUCAGUCCUCGUGCUUGCUACUCCAAUCUCCAUUCUUCUCGGCAAGUGGAUGUACCGCACGCAAAAGAAAGUUCGAAAGGCUCAGGAUUCGCGAAUUUCGCUCGUCACUGAAUACUUAGCCUCGAUCAAAGCCAUCAAAUACUUUGGCUGGGAGAAGCCCAUCACGGAGAAAAUUGUCGAGUGUCGUGCUGUUGAACAAAAGUCUCUUUGGGGCGUGUCUGUCCUCCAAGUCUUUAUCAACCAGGUCACACAGGUUUUUCCCUACCUUUCCUUGCUCAUCAUGUUCGGUCUGCAUGUCACGGUUGAUAAGCGGCGGCUGACAGCUUCCACCGCCUUCACUACCGUGUAUCUCGUCAAGAACAUUCGUCGAAACAUCAUGAUGGCCAGUUAUUUUGCUCGAAACUUUGCCGGUGCCAUGGUUGCCUUCGGACGACUCGACAAGUACUUUUCUAGCACCGUGCCGCUCGUUCGGUACCCAGAGGGACCUCUUCGCAUUGAGAAAGGCUGCUUCAGGCGCAACAAGAAGGCUACCUUUAGGCUGGAGGACAUUUCGUUGGAUUUUGUCCAAGGUGGCCUCAAUGUCGUCACUGGUCAGAGCGGAAGUGGCAAAUCCACUCUCUUGCUUGCUAUUUUGGGAGAGACAUAUCUGGAAGGCGGCUCUAUCACUGUUCCAGCUGACAUUGCAUACGCUUCUCAAACAUCUUGGCUCCAAAAUGAGACCAUCCAAGAUAAUAUUCUCUUUGGAAGCCCAAUGGAAAAGGUCCGAUACGAUCGAGUCGUGACAGCUUGUUGUCUUCCCGAAGAUCUGCGCGAGCUACCGGACGGUGACCAAACAUCAGUCGGGGAGAAUGGAACAUCCCUGUCUGGCGGACAAAAGGCACGUGUAGCCUUGGCCAGGGCUUUGUACUCCAAGGCUCCCUUAUUGCUACUUGACGACAUCUUCUCGGCCCUAGACGCGAAAACCUCUGCAGGAGUCUGGAAGUAUUGCUUCUGCGGUGACUUGCUAAAGGGCCGAACCGUGGUUCUCGUCACUCAGGUCCCCUGGAUUUCAGCCCAGGCCGACCUAGCCAUCUUACUUGAUAGAGGUCAAGUCAGGAGUGCUGAGCCCAAUAUUGGCGUGGUCCGCAGACCUAUUAAGAUCGCAGAGGUCCUUGGAGGCGAUGCUGACGACAGCAGUGCAACCGAGGUGGGAACACCUCCAGAGCCAGACUUGCAAGCCGCCUCCGAUGCUCUGAAUGACCCUGAUAAGGUUGCCCAGGACGUUCCCAAAAAGGACAUUGUUGACCAGGAAGCAAAGGCAUCUGGAAAGGUUAGCAGGUGGACUGUGAUUAGCUACAUGGGAUACUUUGGCCACCCUUUAUUUGCCAUACUCUCCAUACUCGGAUUGUUCUUGGCCAAUAUUUUCUACUUUGGUGCCAAUUUCUGGCUGUCUAUCUGGGUUGAGGCUUACGAAGGCAAAGGGCCAGUAGACGUUGCUUAUUACCUGGGCAUCUUUGCCGCGUUCAUCUUCCUUGAGAUUCUUGCCUUUGGUUUCAUUGUCAUCACCUUUGAAUGGGGCGGUUGGCGUGCCGCUCGACGUCUGCACAACGACUUUAUCCGAAGCAUCAUGAGCGUUCCCCUAUCUUGGUUCAAGACGAUCCCUGUCGGCCGGAUUACCAACCGGUUCUCUGGUGACAUGGCUUCAAUUGACGGCAAUCUGAGCGGCAUGGUUCGUCAAACUCUGGAUAUUUUCAUGAUGAUUUUCUUCCGACUUGGCGCAGUCAGCUCCAUCAUGCCCAUCUUCAUGAUCCCAGGGCUCAUUACCUGUUUCAUUGGUGUUCUGAUCGGAGAGAUGUACACGCGAACUGCGGUUGUGAUUAAGCGUCUCACAUCUUCCUCUCAGUCGCCUGUAUUUUCACAGUUUGCUGACACCCUUGCUGGUCUUGCCAUUAUUCGGGCCAGAAAGGGCAAAGCCCAAGGAUUCGGAUUCGAUCUCGCAGAUAAGCUCCGUAUUUGGUCAGCCACGGCUGAAGCCAACUACAAUUGCAACCGAUGGGUUGGAGUUCGAAUCGACUUCGUCACGUCUCUCGUAUCCCUCUUUGCUGGUAUCAUUGCGAUUUCCAAAGCCGGAUUGGUUGGUGCAGGCUUGGUUGGAUUUUCUCUGACCAACGCCAAUGACCUUAGCAACACUGUUCUAUACAUGGUCAGAGCCAUGAAUGACCUUGAAGUUGAGAUGCAAAGCUUUCACCGUGUGAAGGAAUAUGUGAAGCUUGAAGCUGAAGAUAAAGAUGACAAGCCUUAUCCCGAUGAAGCUGAAGCUCAAUAUGCUGAUGAUGAAACUCACGUUAUUCCCAAGAACUGGCCUCGAUCUGGAGAGAUCGAGUUUCGGGACGUGACGAUUCGCUACGACCCCGACGGUCCCGAUAUUCUCAGCAACAUCAACUUGAAAUUUAAGGCCGGAGAGCGGGUCGCGGUUGUCGGCCGAACAGGAUCCGGCAAGAGUACACUUGUGUUGUCCCUGCUUCGAUUCACCGACAUUGUUUCGGGUCAGAUUCUGUUCGAUGGUGUUGACAUCACAAAGCUACCCAGAAACCGCCUCCGUGAAAGCCUCACCAUUAUUCCCCAGGAAGCCGUCCUGUUCAACGGAUCCGUAGAAUCCAACCUCGACCCCACCGGUCUGGUUCCACGAGAGCAGCUGGAGGCAGCACUCGACAACUGCAAAGGCAUUGCAUCCUUCUCCGGCAAUGUCACAGAGGAUGAUGACAAUGAUGCUGACGACGCCAUACACGGCCACGCCCAAGCCAUCACUCUCUCAACCGAAGUAGAUGCCCGUGGUGAGAACUUUUCCCACGGCCAGCGCCAAGUUCUUUCUCUAUGUCGCGCUUUAAUCCGCAAGAGCAAACUUAUGCUCCUGGAUGAAGCCACAGCCAGCAUGGACUACGAAACCGAUCGUGGUAUCCAGCAAAUUCUCCGCGAUGACCUGGAAGCUGCGGAUGACAACCGCACGCUCGUCACUAUUGCCCACCGUCUUCGAACCAUCAUCGACUACGAUAGCGUCGUUGUCAUGAGUGCCGGCAGAGUCCUGGAAUAUGGCUCGCCCAAGGAACUCUACGACGCAAAGGGCCAAUUCUAUGACAUGGUCUACCAUAGUGGAGAAAUGGAGGAGCUCCAAGAACUUUUGGAGGAUAAAUAA